AUGGCGUCUUCAUGUGUUCCUGGUCUUAAUCUUCCAUCGGGUUUUAAGUUUCUUCCAACCAACGAAGAACUAUUGGGAUAUUAUCUUCUGAACAAGGUCCGCGGCAAACCAUUCAAGUAUGACUCUAGGGUUAUGAAUGAGUUCAAUCUUUACAAGACGGAACCCUGGGAUCUUUGGACUAGGUUUGGCGGCCCAAGACUGAACCAGGGUGAAGACCUCUUUAUCUUUACCGAAUUGAAGAAGGUGAAUGAUAAUGGAUCAAACGUGUCUCGCACGGCAGGUUCUGGCACCUGGAAAGGUGACACUGCAGGGGCCAAAGUAUAUGAUUCAGAGGAUAAGAAGAAGAUCUUAGGAUCGUGGAAAAGGUUUCAUUACGUGCCGAAUGAACCAAAUGAGAAUGGUUCUUGGAUUAUGUUCGAGUACAAGCUUGAUGAUUCACUGAUCCCCAAAUCUUGUAUUGGUCGUGAUCUUGUGCUGUGCCGGAUUCGGAAAGACCGAAAGAGAAAGUUGAUUGAAGAUCAGAUGAAUGACACUCCUCAGUCCUCCCGUAGAAAGGUUCCAAGGGUAGACAAACAUGAUGUCAUGUUUACUCAUAGGAAACAUAUUAUGAAUGAUGAUACUAAUCUGCCGGCUUCUUUUACUCAAGGCUUAGGUAGUGAGGAUGAGGAGCAACAAUCACAACAACGACAACAACUUGAUUCUAACAAGAGCUUUGAGGAACAAGAAAUACAACAAGAAGAUCCGCAACCGAGAAGGCAACAUUAUUCUCAUUUUAAUGAGCGGCAGCAGCAGCUCCUCGUCAAUGAUCUGAUGAUCUCAAGUGAUCAAUACAUAUUUGGAGAAACUUAUGAUCCUAUGAAUAUUGUUCGACCUAACCCUAAUGCUGUCAUCAGUCAUCAGCCGAACAAUCUUGGCAUUCCUUCUUAUUUUCAUGAGCAGCAGCAGCAGCUCCUUAGUGAUGAUCUGAUGGUUUCUUGUCAUCUUGACAAAUUUCAGAGGGUAGACAAACAUGAAUCUUAUGUUAUGUACACUUGCGAGAAUCAGAUUUUGAAUGAUGAAGAUUAUAACCUCAUGGCUUCAUCUGUUACUCGAUGGUUAUCCAGUGAUGAGGAAAAGCAACAUCCACAACAACAACAAGAAGUCGAACCUAACAAUAUGUGUGCCGGACAGCACUCCUCGGUGAGCUUUGAGCGUGAGGAACAACAACUACAACAACAAGAUCAGCAACUGCUGCCCUCUACCUCUGAUUUUCAUGAGAAACAGCAACAGCUCCUCGGCAAUGAUCUGAUGGUUUGUAAUGAUCAUGACAUAUUUCGAAGGGCAGAAACAUACGAACCUAUGAAUGUUCAACCUAACCCAGAUACCCUCAUCAGUCAUCAGCCUAACCAUCUUAGCAUUCCCAUUGACAUAGAUGCAAUCCAAUUUGAUGAUUAUUGGACGCCGAAUGAAUUACUUUUGGUUGACACCAAUAAUGAUCCUUAUACCGCGGCACCUGAUUCAGUACUAGACACAUCAAAGCCGUUGCAGAUGCAAGAUUCUGCAGCUAACGAUAACAACGAGAUGAUGAGAAUUGAUGAGAGUCAUGAUCAGACUCAACUGGGUUUCCCUCAAGACUCAAACACGACGGAACUUUCUGACAGUGCUGCCCAUAAUGAAGCGCUCAACUUUAGCACCCUUGAUGACAAUGUGUUCAAUGCAAUUGAUCUUGACAACCUUUGGUAG